AUGAGUGACAGCUCCUCCCCAGUUCCUUCUGUGUCGUGUGACGAAUCAGUGGACAGAGAAGAAGAAUCGGGUGCUUCCUCCGAGCCGUGUUCCGCUGCAGAGGAAACCUCACCUACGAAACCGCUCGAACGAAGGAGAGGUGAAAAAGAGGCUGACUACUACGAGAGAAGGCGGAAGAACAACGACUCUGCUCGGCGUUCCCGCGAAGUUCGGCGACUAAGAGAAGCGGCCAAUCGACAGCAAGUUGAAGCUUUAAAAACGACAAACGUACAUUACGUGCCCAAAUCGCUAUGCUUCGACUGGAAGUCAGUCAACUCUCACUGGUGCUAA